AUGAGGAGAAACGAUAAUGCCCGGAGAGUGGAUGAGCAAGGCGAGCGUGAAAGAGAAGGUGGUAGGAGGAUAGACGCAAGAGAUAGAGAAGAUGGAGCCAAUUUCAAUGGCCAUAAUGACGGUCAUCGAAAUGUAUCCGGCGAACGGGUUCCAACCAUCGCCGAUCGGGAGAUUGGGACACCUGGUCAAGCAGAAGGCCUGCAUCCAUUCACAGCAUGUGUAAUGAGAACGGGCAUGCCAGAAAAUAAGGUGUUGCCUGCAAUGAAAAGAUAUGGGGGUUCUACAGAUCCUAUUAAGCACCUCCGAUCCUUCAUCGACGCUAUGGCGGUAUAUUCUUCGGAUGAAAUGGUAUGGUGUAGAGUCUUUUCUUUAUCAUUGAAAGGAGAGGCUCUAGAUUGGUUUCACUCGCUGGCACCCCGAACGAUAGAUUCUUUUGCCACUAUCAGAAGGCUAUUCAGCCAACAAUACAUAUCAAGUAAAGCACCUGGAAUGACGUACACAGCCCUGAUGAGAAUCAGGCAAGGAAGAGAGGAGACGCUCAAAGGGUUCACGGAGAGAUUUAAUCGGAUGGCCCGACAGGUGAGAAAUGUUGAUCAAAGAUUGAUAGUCAGUGCCUUGACUACCGCCUUAAGGCCUAGACCUUUUGUGGACUACUUAUACGCAGAAGAACCGCAAAGCAUGGCCGAUUUGCAGCAUAAAUUAGCAAGCUUUAUCCGAAUUGAAGAAGGAAAAACUCACUAUAAAGGCCAUGAUAAUGAACCAAGAGAGCAGAUGAGAAGAGAGGGACUGAGUAGAGGGACGCAAAGAAAGGAGGAACGACCGGUCGGGCACAGAAGGACAGAUCCUCCCAGGAUGUUGCAGAACGUGCAUCACACACCUCUCAAUGCUCCUCGCGCCAGAGUAAUGGAAGAAGCUUUGAGAGCCGAUUUGUUAAAAGUGGUCCGUGCUCCUACGCCUUUAGGAGCCAAUCAAAACAAGUAUUGCAAGUAUCACCAAAACAGAGGACACACUACAGAAGAUUGCAAUACCUUAAAAGAUAAGUUAGAAAGCUUGAUCCAGGCCGGACAUUUACAAAAGUUNGUGCAACNCCAUCAGGCGUCAGUACCGAUCACCACUAGUCAUAAAAAAACCAAGAGUAGACACGAUCGAAGUAGGAGCAGAAGCCGGAGUAGGGAAAGAGUCACAAGGGGCAUUAUAAACACCAUUUCUGGUGGGUUCCCAGGCGGAGGCCCAUCGAUAUCGGCCCGAAAGAGGCAUAUAUGA